UAAAUACAGGAGCGAACUCUUGGAAAGUUGAAAGCCAACAGAGAGCCCUUCUCUUUUGUACCCAACAAAAAAAGUUAGGAUCUUGUUGGGAAAUAUCGCUCGGAUAACAAUGUCGAUGGUGGAGAAGGGAUUGUUACAUAGUGAAAAGUUAUAUCAGUAUGUUCUGGAGACUAGCGUGUAUCCACGUGAACCUGAACCCCUCAAGGAGUUAAGAACCAUGAAUGCUGAUCAUCCAAGUGGUCUGAUGGCUACUGCACCAGAUGCAGCUCAAUUGAUAUCUAUGCUGUUGAAUCUCCUUAAUGCCAAAAGGACGAUUGAAAUUGGAGUCUUAACUGGAUACUCAUUGCUCCUCACAGCUCUCAACAUUCCUGAUGAUGGCAAGAUUAUAGCCAUAGACCGUGACCGAGAAGCAUACGAAUAUGGAUUGCCAGUCAUUAAAAGAGCUGGAGUUGAUCACAAAAUCACUUUUGUUGAGUCUGACGCCUUGACAGCUCUUGACCACCUCCUGGAAGAUAGCAGUAACAUGGAGAGUGUUGACUAUGCUUUUGUGGAUGCUGACAAAGUGAGUUACAAAGGGUAUCAUGAAAAGCUAUUGCAGUUGAUCAAGGUUGGCGGGAUCAUAGUGUACGAUAACACCCUAUGGGGAGGAUCUGUUGUGAUGCCCGAGGAUUCAGUUAUCGAUUGGAUGAAACCAGGCCGGCAAUGUACAAUUGAAUUUAAUGCAUUUUUAGCUUCUGAUGAUCGAGUUCAUAUCUCUCAUGUCCCUGUGGGCGAUGGGAUUACUAUUUGUAAGCGUCUCAAAUGAGUGAUAUGAUGAAUCUGUCCUGUUCAUCUCCUCAUCUAUCUGUAUGUUUUGAUUUCUUGUUUGGGUAUUUUCUGUCAUGGAGUGUAUGUUCAGUCCAUUAAUAAAGAUGUGCACAAUAAAUGGUUAUUGGUUAGUUUAUU